ACCUCUCUCAAGUGAUACAAAGAAUUCUUUUAAAAUCCUAAGCACUUGUGCCUCGUAGAAGCAUUUAAGUGCCUUGACUAGUUAGUCCGAUGUAGAGCUUUCAAAACGGUUACACGGGUCGGGUCACCUCAGGUCUCGGGUCAUGGGUCAUGAUCAGGUCGGGUUGUCACGGGUUACUUUGUCACCCAGGUUUAGGCCGGGCUCGGUCGAGUCAUGUCGGUUUAUUUUUUCAUUUCGGGUUCAAGUAGGGUUUAGGUCGAGUCAUGUUCAUGUCGGGUUCAGUUUCGGUAUCGAGACUUAUCUAUUUGGGUUGAAUUCGAUUUUCUAGCAGGUAAUUUGGGUUCAAGUCAAGUUUGGAUCGGAUAAUUAUCGAACCGAUCAAAAUUCAGGUCGGGUUCACCCCGUACACGGGUCUAGAUCUGAUUUGAUAACUAUCAGGUCUGGCCAAAUUUUUAACUUAUGAUUAUUUUUUUCUUUAUACUUUAAUAAUUAAUGUUCAAUUUAUUUCAAAUUUGAGUUUUAUUCAAAUCAGAUCAUCAAUUGUUCUUGUCAAAUCAAUGCAUAUACAAAGUUAAGAUGUAUUUUGAGUCAAUAACUGAUUUGUUCAUCUCAAAAUAUUCAAGCGUAAAUUUUUACUCCAAAGAUCGGGUCACUAACAUGUUAUUUCGGGUAAUAAUGGGGUUUAGGUCAUUUGUUGCGUGGGGUAUCGAAUCGGGUUCAUAUCAUUAUCUGGUCGGGUCAGUUCGGUCAUCAGUUAUCGUUUGAUCGAGUGUCGGGUUCUGGUCUUACAACACAAGGUUAAAAUGGGUCAUCGAUUUUUUCGGGUCGGGUCGGGUAUAGGUCGGGUUACGGGUUACCAUUUUUACCAAAAUUUAUGUUCAUAGUCGGUUACGAAUUCGGUCGGUUCAAGAUGAAUUUUCGGGUCGAAUUAGUUUUGGACAAUUUUAGUUCGAUGAGAGUGUUACGUUAAUAAGCAACAUGUUAACCAAGGAAAAACAGGUUACGACAUGAUAUUUAGCCGAGUUUAAAGAAAUUGGGUUGACAAAGAGGAGUGUUUUCAUACUCAAUCUGGUGUUGUUAAUUGGUUGUUGCGUGGUGGAGUUUAAAGGUUCAACGUUAUGUAAUAAAAUUGAUUUAUUCAAUCAAUUGAGUAUGAAAACAUUUUUUUUGGUUGAGUAAAACUCUAAACUAUCCAAUCGAAGGGUGCGUUCUAUUCGCCUAUGUACUCAUUUGAAUUAAUCUAAACUUAUUUUAUCUUAUUUGAAUUUAUUUUUCUGUGAAUUACGACUAUUAAAUCCAUUAUCAUUGGUUUAGGUACAAUCAGAUAAUAUUUUAUGCGAAAUUAUUAAUAGAAUUUGUGAUAUUUUUUAAGGAUCACUUCAGGAUAUCGAUCCGAUCAGAUCCGGUAUGACAUGACUGAGUUUAGUCAAGUUCAUGCGUUUUGAUUGGGGAAGUAUUCCCGCCACCAAAUUAAAAAAAGAAAUAUAAAAUAUAAAAUAUAAUUGGAGUAAAAUAUUGGGGAAACCCAGCACAAGAACUAAAAUUUCCUGGUUGCUUUCGUAUAAUUAUUGGAGAAAAUCAUCCCAAUCUUCACCAACACAACCAUUACUAUUAGCAUUAUUGAUUAGGAGAUCGAAGAUGACAAUUGGAGCUUCCAUUAAUGUCACACCGGAUAAGAAGCUGGUGGUGUUGGGGAAGGAGGUGCUCACUCAAGUGCAUCAUAAUAUCCUUCUCACUCCGUCUGCCGGAGAUGCUUUCGUCUCCGGCGCUUUCAUCGGCGUUCAUUCUGAUCGUAUCGGAAGCCGUCGUGUCUUUCCAGUCGGAAAACUUCAGGGGUUGCGGUUUAUGUGUGUAUUUAGAUUCAAGAUGUGGUGGAUGACGCAAAGGAUGGGAGAUUGUGGACAACAAAUUCCCUUUGAAACUCAAUUUUUGAUUGUUGAAGCCGAUCAAGGGUUUCCUGAGUCCGGUGAAAUUGGCAUUGGCGGCGCAACCUAUGUUGUUUUCCUGCCCAUUCUUGAAGGCAACUUCAGAGCUGUGCUCCAAGGAAAUGCCCACAAUGACCUCGAAAUCUGUCUUGAAAGUGGGUGUCCUGAAGUUCAACAAUUUGAUGGGAGUCAUUUGGUGUAUGUGGCUGCUGGUUCUGACCCAUUUCAUCUCAUAACCAAUGCUGUCAAGAGUGUAGAGAGACAUCUUCAAACAUUCUGCCAUCGUGAACGAAAGAAGAUGCCAGAUAUGCUGAACUGGUUUGGCUGGUGUACUUGGGAUGCCUUUUACACCAACGUUACCUCAGAAGGAGUUAAGGAGGGAUUGCAAAGUUUUGAAGAGGGUGGAAUUUCUCCAAAAUUUAUCAUCAUUGAUGAUGGAUGGCAAUCGGUAGGCAUGGAUUCCGAAAGUGUUUCAUGUGAAGAAGAUAAUUGUGCCAAUUUUUCUAAUAGGCUAACACACAUCAAAGAGAAUCACAAAUUCCAAAAGAAUGGUAAACAAGGACACAGAAUGGAGGAUGGCUUCCGUGACACCAUUACAGAAAUUAAAGACAAUCAUGCUGUUAAGUAUGUCUAUAUGUGGCAUGCAAUAACAGGGUAUUGGGGAGGUGUUAAACCGGGUGUUGCUGAAAUGGAGCAUUAUGAACCCAGGUUAGCCUAUCCAAAAACAUCCCCAGGUGUUGAGUCAAAUGAGCACGCGGAGUAUGUUGAUAAUUCCUUGGAAACCAUGAGGAAGAAUGGACUCGGGCUUGUGAAUCCUGAAAAAGUUUUCAACUUCUACGAUGAGUUACACUCGUACCUUGCCUCAGCUGGUAUUGAUGGGGUGAAGGUUGAUGUCCAAAAUGUCCUUGAAACACUUGGUGCUGGUUAUGGUGGAAGAGUUACUCUUGCUAGAAACUAUCACAAGGCUUUAGAAGCUUCUAUUGGUAGGAAUUUCCCUGAUAAUGGGAUUAUAUCUUGCAUGAGUCAUAACACUGAUGGCUUAUACAGUGCCAAGAGGGCAGCAAUUAUAAGAGCAUCGGAUGAUUUCUGGCCAAGAGAUCCGGCAUCACAUACCAUCCACAUUGCUUCAAUUGCAUAUAAUACCUUAUUCCUCGGAGAGUUUAUGCAGCCAGAUUGGGAUAUGUUUCAUAGCUUGCACACUAUGGCUGAAUACCAUGGAGCAGCUCGUGCUGUCGGUGGUUGUGCAAUCUAUGUUAGUGACAAGCCUGGACACCAUGACUUUGAUUUACUGAGAAAGCUUGUACUUCCUGAUGGUUCUAUAUUGAGGGCCAAACUGCCUGGCAGACCAACCAGGGAUAGCUUAUUCUCAGAUCCUGCUAGAGAUGGUAAAAGUCUUUUGAAGAUAUGGAACAUGAAUGAUUACACUGGGGUGAUUGGUGUUUUCAACUGCCAAGGAGCUGGUUGGUGUAAGGUUGGAAAGAGAAAUUUAGUCCACGACGAACAACCUGAUGCAAUUACUGGUUCUGUUAGAGCUCAUGAUGUAAAUUAUCUUAACAAGAUUGCUGAUGCCGGAUGGAAUGGGGAUGCUGUUGUAUAUGGCCAUCUUCGAGAAGGACUAAGAACAAACAAGACAGAAAUUAAAAAGAAAGCAAGAAAAUCUGACGCCGACGAGCCUGGCCGGCAAGAACAUGGGCGUCCCUAACCAUCGAUCUCGGCACCUUACAGAUGGUGAAAGAGUGAAGAGAAGCCAAAAGACGCCGAACCUCCGCAAGAGACCAGGAAAUCGACAUUGGAGGGAGGACCAACCGUUGCAACAGUCGAACCAACGUGGUUGAGUCUGUGAAAAUCAACAGAGAAAAGAACCCUCGCUUCACAGCAGCCUAAAGGCCAAGGACACAAGCUCUGAGCUCUUCAUGAAGAGGAGAGUCCACAAUACAAGCCCGAGCACCGCCUCCAAGCGAAGCAAAGGAGACAAAAUCCGCGAAAAUCCACCCUGCACCAGCUUGGUUAGAAACUGGAAUCCAAGAACCAUCAAAGACAAGGCGGACAACAUGCUGAGGGGAAGAAAAACCCUGCAGCCCAUCGGAGAAACGAAGCGGAGGAGACUGCGGCCUAGACACUGACUGGUGAACCUCAGGAGACGAACCAAACCCCACCACAUCCUUAAGUCGAGCAGACCAAGAGUCGAACACUACAGACAAGGCUGCCUCCGAAAAAGACGAACCACAGAAUCGAAUGUCAUUCCUGACAACCCAACAGGACCAAAGGGCAGCCAAAAAAGAACCCAACAACAGCCGAGGCAUGCCAUGUGAAGAAAACCUAGAAAUCAUAUCCGCACACCAUGACGGAAACAUGCCGGGAGAGGGACGCGGAAGCAGACUACCUCCGAGAGAAACAGGCCACCAAGCGCGAACAAGAGGACAACAACAAAAUAAGUGCUCAAUCGAUUCCUGAGCAGAGAGACAAAAACAACAUUGCGGAUCCAGAGGAAAACCCCGAGCCUGAAGAACAGCGGCAACUGGCAAAGCGUUAUUCAGCAAUUUCCAGACAAAGAUUUUGAACUUGGGGAGGAUGGGAAGACCCCAGAACCGCUUCCACGAGCUGACCGGGAAGGAAGGCAAAUGCGAAGCUGAAUAUAACCCUUUGAUUGUGCAUUUAAUUGUCAAUUAGUUACUAAAGAGUCAAUUGAUUGUGCAUUAGUUACUAAAGAGUCAAUUAGUUUACAUUAGUUACUAAAGAGUCAAUUGAUUGUGCAUUUAAUUGUAACGUUUUUCAUUGCAG